AUGCCGCCUAUAACUUUUGCAUUCCCCAUCGAUGAUGAAGAUGAUGAUAAGAUUGUGGGCGGCUACACCUGCCAAAAGCAUUCAGUCCCCUAUCAGGUCUCCCUGAAUUCCGGGUACCAUUUCUGUGGUGGCGCCAUCUUAAACAACCAAUGGAUUGUAUCCGCUGCUCACUGCUACAAGUCCCGAAUCCAAGUGAGACUUGGGGAACACAGUUUGUCCAAAAAUGAUGGUUCUGAGCAGUACAUUAAUUCAGUCAAAGUCAUUCGUCAUCCCAGAUACAACUCCCAGAAUAUGGACAAUGACAUCAUGCUCAUCAAACUGUCCAAACCAGCCAGUCUCAAUUCCCGUGUGUCAGCAGUCCCUCUACCAAGCAGUUGUCCAUCCAAUGGAGCAAGAUGUUUAAUCUCUGGCUGGGGCAACACCCUCAGCAGUGGCACAAACAUGCCUGACCUCCUACAGUGCCUGAAUGCCCCUGUGCUUUCUCAGAGUCAGUGCAGUAGGGCUUACCCAGGGAAAAUCACCAGCAACAUGAUUUGUAUAGGAUAUCUGGAAGGCGGAAAAGACUCAUGUCAGGGAGACUCUGGUGGCCCGGCUGUCUGCAAUGGGGUACUCCAGGGAAUUGUCUCUUGGGGCAUUGGAUGUGCUCAGAAAGGCUACCCUGGUGUCUACACUAAAGUUUGCAACUACGUUUCCUGGAUUCAGAGCACUAUCAGGUCCAACUGAUCUGCGCUUCCCGCCUGGAACGCUUCCUUUUCACAUGCACGGCUGACAUUUCACAGACCAAGAAGAGGGUGAUUGCAUCUGCAAAAAUAAAAACUAAGUUGUACAGUGGCAUGCGUGGUGAUUGGUAUCUUUCUUGG